UUCCAUUUCCCCGCGAGCUACUUCACCAACGCAACAUCUCUCCGCCCCUCUCGAGCGCAUGAUCCCGGAGAUACUCAAACCUGUUCAGGGACACCCGGCACAAUUUUUUUAAUUUUUUUUUUCCGGACGAGCAGCAAGACCUGUCAGCGAUAACAUUUCGCCACAAUGUCUCGCCAUCACCCCGACCUCGUCAUGUGCCGCAAGCAAUCCGGCAUCGCCAUCGGACGCCUCUGCGACAAGUGCGACGGCAAAUGCCCCGUGUGCGACUCCUACGUGCGUCCCACCACCCUCGUGCGCAUCUGUGACGAGUGCAGCUUCGGCAACUACCAGAACAAGUGCGUCGUCUGCGGUGGCGAGGGCAUCUCGGACGCUUUCUACUGCUUCGAGUGCACCCGCCUAGAGAAGGACCGCGACGGGUGCCCCAAGAUCAUCAACCUGGGUAGUUCGAGGACAGACUUGUUCUACCAGAAGAAAACGAACCGGGCGGCGAAUUACUAGCGACAGUGCAGCCCGGGUCGGGGCCUUUUUUUUUUUUUUUUUUUUUUU